AUGAGGUUAAUAUCAUCACUGGCCUUGGCGGCAUCACUAGCCUCUUCAGCCACAAAUGGAUCAACGAUACCGAGGAGGGACUCCAGUGCGCCAGUUGCGCCGAGAGUAAUUGGCCUGGAGACGGAGAGACAGCACAUCCCGAACCCGCUGGAGCGGGACAGGUUAAGGAGGAGAGCCACCGUCAUGGCUACUCUUGAUAACGAGCAGACGUUAUACUUUGUCAACGUCUCCAUCGGCACGCCACCACAGAAGCUUCGUCUUCACCUUGACACCGGCAGCAGUGACCUGUGGGUCAAUACAGCCGAUUCGAAACUCUGUUCCAUGUCAUCACAGCCGUGCAAAUAUGCCGGAACCUACAGCGCUAACAGCUCCUCGACAUAUCAAUACGUCAGCAGUGUCUUCAACAUUUCGUACGUUGACGGCUCAGGGGCCCAUGGCGACUAUGUCUCCGAUAUGGUCACGGUAGGCACCACCAAGGUCGACCGUCUGCAGUUCGGAAUCGGAUACACGAGCAGUUCGGCGCAAGGGAUUCUGGGCAUUGGGUAUGAGGCCAACGAGGUGCAGGUCGGACGUGCUGGGCUCAAGCCGUACCGCAAUCUCCCCUCGCGUCUAGUUGAAGAGGGCCUCAUCGCUUCCAACGCCUACAGUCUUUACCUCAACGACCUGCAGUCCAACAAGGGCAGCAUCCUGUUUGGCGGCAUCGACACGGAACAGUACACAGGCACUUUGCAGACUGUCCCGGUCCAGUCCAACGGCGGCCGCAUGGCCGAGUUUCUCAUUACCUUGACCUCGGUCUCCCUGACUUCGGCAGCCAUUGGCGGCGACAAUAUGGCCCUGGCCGUGCUGCUCGACUCGGGCUCCUCCCUCACGUACCUGCCCGAUGACAUAGUCAAGAGCACGUACAGCGCCGUGGGCGCCCAGUACGACAGCAGCGAGGGCGCCGCCUACGUCCCCUGCUCCCUCGCCAAUGACCAGGCCAAGUCGAUGACCUUUACCUUUUCGGGCAUUCCCAUCGUCGUUCAGAUGAGUGAGCUCGUCUUGGAUCUGGUGACGUCCAGCGGCCGCCGCCCCUCGUUCCGCAACGGCGUCCCCGCCUGCCUGUUCGGCAUCGCCCCGGCCGGCAAGGGGACCAACGUCCUGGGCGACACGUUUCUCCGCUCAGCCUACGUCGUCUACGACCUCGAGAACAACGCCAUCUCGCUAGCCCAGACCAGCUUCAACGCCACCAAGAGCAACGUUAAGGAGAUCGGCAAGGGCACCAAUCCCGUGCCCGGCGCCGUCGCCGUCGCGCAGCCCGUCGCUGCUACUUCGGGCCUGUCGCUCGGCAGCGGCAACAGAUCCGGCUCUGGCGCCAUCGCCCGGGCCGUCCCGACCCUCUUGCUCCUCGGCACGGCCUUGUCUGGUUCGUUGUUGACUCUGUUCUAG